AUGAACAAAGAUCAACAACUUAGGGCAGAUUUCAGGGCGAAUGUGGUAAGUGAACAGCUUUCUGAGAACUUUUCUCAGAAAAGUGACACGAACGUGGCACCUGAUGAUGCUUUUAGUCUUGGCCAAAUUUGGCUUGUCCAAGAUCAGCCAAUAACACAAACAAUUGAGGCUGGCUGGGAAGUGUUUCCAUCUUUUUACAAUGAUUCUCGACCUAGACUAUUUGUGUACUGGACGAACGAUAAUUACCAAUCCACAGGUUGUAGGAAUUCGGAUUGUCCAGGAUUUGUGCUAUCCACUGGUGCACAAUACUAUCCGGGCCAACCCAUAGAACAAGUUUCUGAGUAUGGAAAAGAUCAGAUUGACAAAUUGAUAAGCAUAAAAAGAGAAAAUUUACAAGGUGGAGCAAUAUGGUCCUUAUAUAUAGAAGAUAAAAUUGUGGGUUAUUGGCCUGGAUCCUUAUUUAGUUCAUUGGCUGAAUCAACCACGAUAGUGGAAUAUGGAGGGGAAGUUGCACAUUCUGAUAAUGAUGUAGGAACCCCAUUCUCAAAAACACACAUGGGUAGUGGUCAUUUUCCUCAUGAGGGCUUCUCAAAGGCAGCUUAUAUUAGGGACAUCCAAAUGCACAACUCUAAUAAUGUUCUUGUGUACCCUCAAGAAACCAUUCUAGCAAAGAAACCACUUUGCUAUAAUUUAACUGUUGCAAUUGACAAUACCAAUCUCGAAUGGGGUCACUACAUGUUUUUCGGAGGUCCCGGGGGAGAUAAUCCUAGUUGUCUCAAUUGAUUAUUAGUUAUU